UUCCCACGACCACAUCGGUUCACAUCUAUAUCAGUUCUUUUCUUUUUUUUUUUUCUUUUUUUCAUUCCCUUUAGAUAUAUAUAGAUAUUCUCUCUAGGCUAUAUACACACAGAAUAUACAUAUGGAUCCGUCCAUCAAAGGAGAGAAAGAAAUGUUAAAAAUGAAGAAACAAGGUCAUCAAGAUCUUGAGUUGGGGUUGACCCUUUCGCCACGUGGAACGACCUCAGCAGAGCUCAAUCUCAUCGAUUCUUUCAAAACCACCUCGUCAUCAACUUCUCAUCAUCAGCAAGAACAUUUGGCAGAUCCGAGAGUGUUCUCGUGCAAUUAUUGUCAAAGAAAGUUCUAUAGCUCACAAGCACUAGGCGGUCACCAAAACGCUCAUAAACGCGAGCGCACCUUAGCCAAACGUGGACAGUACUACAAGAUGACUUUUUCCUCCUCGCCUUCUUCAGCGUUUGCGUUUGGCCACGGUUCAGUCGUCAGCAGAUUCGCAAGCAUGGCGUCGUUACCAUUACAUGGCUCCGCGAAUAACAGGUCAACCUUAGGGAUUCAAGCUCACUCAACGAUCCAUAAACCCUUGUUAGGAAGACAAACAACGAGUUUAAGCCAUGUUCUUCACAAGAAACCGACAAUCGGAAUGAUGUUGCCGGAUAAAUUUCACCUUGAAGUCGUCGCCGGCGGUAGUAACCGUAACGUGAUUGCCGCAAACUUGGAGAAAAUUGAACAAUUCAAGAACAAUCAAGAAGAUCAUAAUCAGUUCAAGAAGAAAAUCGACUUGACUCUUAAGCUAUGAGCUCUUAAUUGUUUAUCUUCUUUUUAGUCUUCAUUAUAACUUUUUUCUUAAAAUAUUAUUCUCGUAUUUGUUUGAUAUAAUGAUUGACGACGGCAGGGUGUGUUUAUAGUAGAGUUUCACUAAUUAAGU